ACAAGCUUCAAGCCAAACUCCAAGAAGCCGAGGAGCACAUUCAACAGAUCAAUGUCAAAUGUGGCGGUCUGGAAAAGGCUAAAUCUCGACUCCAAGGAGAGAUCGAGGAUAUGUCCAUUGAGGUCGAGAGGGCCAAUAGCCUUGCUGCUACACUAGAAAAGAAACAGAAGUCAUUCGAUAAGACAGUAGCAGAAUGGAAACAGAAGGUUGAUGAUCUUUCUGGUGAGUUAGAUGCUUCCCAGAGAGAAUGCAGAGACUACUCCACGGAGCUGUUCCGGAUGAGGACUUCAUACGAGGAGAGUCAGGAACAAUAUGAAGCUAUUAAACGAGAGAACAAGAAUUUACAAGAUGAAAUCAAGGAUCUUAUCGACCAGCUUGGUGAGGGUGGUAGGAACGUCCAUGAAUUGGAGAAAUCCAGGAAGAGGUUGGAAAUGGAGAAGGAAGAACUCCAGGCAGCUUUGGAGGAAGCCGAGGCCGCUCUGGAACAGGAGGAGAACAAGGUGCUACGUGCUCAGCUUGAACUUUCUCAGGUUCGCCAAGAGAUUGACCGCAGGAUUCAGGACAAAGAGGAAGAAUUUGAGAACACAAGGAAGAACCACCAGCGAGCCAUUGACUCCAUGCAAGCCAGCCUGGAAGCCGAGUCCAGGGGCAAGGCUGAGGCCCUGCGCAUGAAGAAGAAGCUGGAGAGCGACAUCAAUGAGUUGGAGAUCGCUCUUGACCACGCCAACAAGGCCAGUGCUGACGCUCAGAAGAACAUCAAGAGGUACCAGCAGCAGGUCAAGGAACUUCAACAAGCAGUGGAAGAAGAACAGAGAGGACGCGAUGAAGCCAGAGAACAAUACGCCAUGGCUGAAAGACGUGGCCACGCCCUCCAGGGCGAACUGGAAGAAAGUAGACAACUUCUGGAACAGGCUGACCGCGGGCGACGUUCAGCAGAGACGGAGCUGGCUGAUACCCACGAACAGAUGAACGAGUUGUCCGCCAACACUGCAUCUCUCUCUAUGGCCAAAAAGAAGCUUGAAGGAGAAAUGCAAGCUUUGCAAUCUGAUUUGGACGAGAUGUUGAACGAGGCCAAACAAUCUGAGGAAAAAGCCAAGAAGGCCAUGGUGGACGCUGCUCGCCUUGCUGAUGAACUUAGAGCUGAACAGGAACAUGGUCAACAACAAGAGAAGAUGCGCAAGGCGAUGGAGGGUCAGAUGAAGGAACUACAAGUCCGUCUUGACGAGGCCGAGGCUGCUGCUUUGAGGGGCGGAAAGAAAAUCAUCCAGAAACUGGAACAGAAGGUGCGUGAGCUGGAAAACGAACUAGAAAACGAACAGCGCCGUCAUGCGGACUCUUCUAAGAAUUUCAGAAAGGGAGAACGUAGAAUAAAAGAGCUCCAGUUCCAGGCUGACGAAGAUCGCAAAAACCACGAGCGUAUGCAAGACUUAGUUGACAAAUUGCAACAGAAACUCAAGACCUAUAAGAGACAGAUUGAGGAAGCUGAGGAAAUUGCUGCUUUGAAUCUGGCCAAAUUCCGCAAGGUUCAACAGGAACUGGAGGACGCUGAAGAGCGGUCAGACAUGGCCGAAAAUGCCCUCGCCAAAUUGCGUGCCAAGAACCGUAGCUCCGCCUCUGCCAGUCGAGGAGUAAGCCCAGGGCCUGUGAUGAGGCCCGGUCGUCUAAGUAAAAUCGGAGGUGACGAGGAGUAAUCUUUUGUCUUAACAUACAGAUACGCCUAUCAUCCGUUUUCUUCUCUACCCGUUAGCAAGUUUGCCACUGGAAAUCGAUAUGCACUUACAAAAAAAAAAUCCCUGGCUUUCUGAGUGAUCCUUAUUGGUUUUAAGAAAUUCCUUUCUUCUUACAAAAGAUAAAAUGUAGAUAAAGCUACUUGUUUUUGACCUUUGAAAUAAAAGAUUAUCGUAAA